AUGCCACAGGAUAUGCCGCCCACCGGCGGGUACGACCCAGUCCAGUACCGCCGCAACUUGCCAGCCCGUGGCUUCCGACCAGCCUACUAUCUAGUUGCAGUGGGUGCGAUCAUGACAUAUGGUUUCUGGAGAUACGGGCAGGGCAUACGAGAGCAGAAUGAGCUUGCACGAGAAAAGAUGUGGUCUCGAAUCUACCUUAUCCCACUACUACAGGCCGAGGAGGACAGAGAUCUGGUCAGGAGGACGUUGGCAUCCAAGGCGAUGGAAAAGGAGCUACUGGGCGCCGAGUCAAAGGUCUACAACAGCGACAAAUUCGUGCGGCCAACAUACGCUGUAGCUCCUUCGCACGUCACAAAGUAG